GGCUCCACAUAGCGGCUGUGUUAUUGUUACGAUUUUUAUCAAAAGUCGAACUGCUGUAUUUAUCGCUUUGUUUAACGCCACUUGGUGGUACGGUGGUGCAAAUGUGCAACGAGCGAUGACUAAUUAAUCAUUAAAACUUAAUCAGAAGGCUGAGUAGGAAACCACCGCACGAAUAGAUCGAUCAAGAUGUCGCCUAUUGAUUGGGGCGACUUUGCCUGGAACUGGACACAGUUUUGUCCCACGGGACUGACGCCCUUCGCCAACGAAACGAACGAUCUGCUGCCCUGCUUCCAGAAAAUCCUGCUUCAGCUGCCCGUCUACACGAUCUUCGCAGCCAUAUCCGCCUACAAUUUCGGUAAUCAGUCGCGCCCCGUCGUCCGGAAUGGAUUGCAACUGCGGAUGUUAUGGCUCCGGGCAUUCCUGGCCAUCGUACUGGCCCUGCUUCCGGUGGCCAAGGUAUUCGCCUUCCACCAGCAGGGCAUUGAACUAUACGCGGUGGAUCUGCUGGUGGUUAGUGCCGAGUGCAUUAUGUGGGUGGUUCACAGCGGUUUUCUAUUGACGGCCCGUCAAUAUGGAGAGCUUAGUCAUCGGGGAUCGCUGCUAAUCAAUGUCGUUUGGCUGACAGUGGUGGUUCUGGAUGCGGUAUGGCUGCGAACGAGUAGGCACUUCAUCUGGUGGCCCUGGAGCCUGGCUACGCUGAUCUGUGAUCUCUUAUUCGGAGCCACACUGAUACCCAAAGGAAGUGCUGUCUACUCCAGUUUGCCACGAGGAGGAGCUUCCAGCAGAGAAGAUGAAGCACUGCUAUCCCAGCAAUACACCUACUUUCAUUUCGAUUUCAAUGAAAGCCACUUGGGCCAUGCCCAGGAUGAAGCGAAUUUCGGAUCGCGUUUCCUGUUCCAUUGGGUGCAGCCCCUAAUUAUGAAAGGCGUGGCUGGGAAGCUAAGAAAGAUUGAAGAUCUGUUUGAUCUCCCGGACGCCUUGAACAUCACACGACUGAGCGAGAGACUGCACUUGGCUUUGUCACAAUCGCAGAGCUUAUGGAGAGCACUGCACAGAUGCUUUGGAGUGGAGUUUUAUCUUAUAGGAAUCCUAAGAUUGAUUGCCGAUUUGAGUGGCUUUGCAGGACCCUUACUGCUCGGAGGUCUUCUCAGACAGGAUCACUCGGACCCAAAUCAGGUGUAUUAUUACGCCCUCGGUCUUUUUGGCAGCACAUUGCUGUCGGCUUUAUGUGCCACUCACUUUGACUGGCGCAUGGCCAUGGUUUCCAUGAAAAUGCGAGUGGGAGUUGUGAACUCCAUAUACCGAAAAGCUCUGGAGGCAAGAGGCCUAAAAGAAUCCAAACCAGAUAUGCUUAAUCUCAUGUCAACAGACACGGAUAGGAUUGUGAACUCGUGCAUUAGUUUCCACUUCUUCUGGAGCAUUCCCUUUAAGCUGUUUACCACAUUGUACCUGCUGUAUCUUCAAUUGGGAGCUGCCUUUUUGGCGGGAGUAAUAUUUGCUGCUCUGCUGAUUCCAAUUAAUAGAUGGUUGGCCAAAAGAAUUGGCGUUUACUCCAGUGGUUUGAUGACAGCCAAAGAUGCUAGGCUGUCAGCCACUACGGAAACAAUGCAAGGAGCCAAACAGGUCAAGAUCAAUGCCUGGGAGGAUAUAUUCAUCACCAAGAUUCGAGGACUUCGCCAGGAGGAGCUGCGAUUCUUAUCGAAGAGGAAAUACCUGGAUGCCAUGUGCGUUUAUUUCUGGGCCACCACUCCAGUGCUUAUGUGCCUGCUUACUUUUGGAGUAUCCGUGCUAAUGGGAAACCAGUUGAUAGCUUCAACUACCUACACCAGUGUGGCCUUGCUCUACAUGCUCAUUGGACCAUUGAAUGCCUUUCCAUGGGUCCUGAAUGGCUUAAUCGAAGCAUGGGUUUCUAUUAAGAGAGUCCAACAACUGAUGGAUGUGCCCAACUUGGAUUACUCCUCCUAUUACAACCCCAUAAUGAGGGGAAGCGGAGGAAUUGGAUUGGGAGACGAUGCUCCGUUGGAUGCUCCAAAAGCCAGUGUUCUGCAAAUGAAGUGCGCUAGUUUCUGUCACGAUAUUGAUGAGAACACAAUACCUGGUAGUUUUCGGUUAAAGAACAUUAACGUGGAUAUAAAAGCUGGUCAGCUUGUGUGCAUCGAAGGACCGGUCGGAGGUGGUAAAAGUAGCUUUCUAUCUGCUAUCGUUGCGAAUCUCCAGUGCACCGACGGCGAGGUCUGUGUCCAGGAACUGACCACUGGAUUUGGUUAUGUUCCCCAGUCGCCGUGGCUCCAAAGAGGAACGAUCAGGGAUAACAUCGUAUGGGGCGCGCAGUUUGACGAACAGUGGUAUAAAACUGUCCUGUAUGCGUGUGCUUUGGAAGAAGAUCUUCAAAUUCUUGGCGGUGAUCUCGUUGGCGUGGGUGAGAACGGCAGAACCCUUUCCGGUGGGCAGAGAGCGAGAGUCGCACUGGCUCGGGCUGUUUAUCAGGAUAAGAAAGUUUACCUUCUGGACGAUGUACUUUCCUCUCUAGACGCCCAUGUGGCCCGCCAUAUUAUUAAGCACUGCAUUUUGCGCCUACUUAAGCACAAAACCCGCAUUAUAGUCACACGAAGCAUUCAGUUAUUCUUCCACGCUAACCAAAUUCUUCAGGUGAAGGAUGGUCAACUCCUUCCCAGUGAGUACAUGACUCAGAGCAUUGAUUUAAGUCUCGACGAAGACCUAGAUGAUGAGCAGGAGGAGCCAGUUAGGCGACGAUCAGUGGAGCUUUCCAACCAGGAUGACAAGAAGAGUGUGGAUAGUCUACUUUUGGAGGAAUCUAGAGAGUAUGGUCAUCUCUCGGGCGACGUUUUCACCUGCUAUUGGAAGGCUGUGACAACUCCACUGGCCUUAACCGUUUUGCUCUCUGUGUUACUUAUGCAGCUCACAAGAAAUCUGAGCGAUGCUUGGCUGGCUUAUUGGGUUACUGAAACCACCUUGGAUCCCCAUCCAAAUGACACUUCUCUGGAGCACGAAAUAUUGCCAGCUGGGAUGGGAAAUGAAACGGGUUCCGGACAUACGACAAAAUUCUAUCUGAGCAUAUUCACAGCAAUUGCCUUAAGCAAUUCCGUGGUGACUUUGGCCAGGGCGUUUCUCUUUGCUUAUGCUGGAAUUAAAGCGGCCAUCUUUAUGCACGAAAAACUCCUAAAGAAAGUCAUGUUUGCGAAAUUUAAUUUCUUUGACAUCACCUCCGUGGGACGCAUUCUGAACCGCUUUUCCUCCGAUACUAACACCGUGGACGACUCCCUGCCUUUCAUUUUGAACAUUUUGUUAGCCCAACUUGCGGGAUUAGUAGGAGCUCUCUGCGUCAGCCUUUAUGCGAUGCCUUGGUUGGGUCUGGUGAUCAUUCCCAUGGUUCCUAUUUACCUGAAUCUUCAGCAGCGCUAUCGCCACGCUUCCCGGGACAUAAAACGGCUAUCCAGCAACGCAAUGUCACCGCUCUACACGCAUUUUACGGAGACCCUUCAGGGUUUGACCACUAUCAGGAGUAUGCGAGCUAGCCCGAGAUUUCAAAGGGAUUUCCAGGUGAAGCUCGAGGAAAGCAUUAAGGCCCAGUUGACACAAUCGGCCGCCCAACAGUGGCUAGCUCUUCGGUUACAGUUGCUGGGAACCCUUUUAGUGGGAGGAGCGGGUCUCUUGGCCGCCAUCACAGCUUCUCAUACAACCAAUCCCGGUUUGGUGGGUCUGUGCAUCUCCUACGCUCUCUCCAUAACUGGUCAAUUGGGAGAUCUCCUCCAUGCCGUGGCUGAAACAGAGCAGGAAUUGGUGGCAGUCGAGCGGAUAGAUCAGUAUUUGCAAUUGGAGGAAGAGCAGAAUGCCUCUGGAAGCGCUGAGCCUCCAUUUGGAUGGCCCACCCAAGGAGUUUUGAGUUUCCGGGAAGUGCAACUAAGUUACAGAGAACACUUGGCACCAGCUUUAAAAAGUGUCACCUUUCAAACCGAGGCCUUCGAACGAAUUGGCAUCGUGGGUCGCACGGGAGCUGGUAAAACGUCGGUGUUAGCUGCCCUCCUGCGAGUGGCACCUUUGUCACACGGUGAAAUUCGAUUGGAUCAGGUGAAUCUGAAAACCCUUGCGCUGAAUGUGCUUAGGGAACGAAUAGGGGUUAUCACCCAGGAGCCAUUCCUCUUCGAAGGAACUGUGCGUGAAAAUCUGGAUCCGCGUCAUGGUUUCCACGAUUCGGAGAUCUGGCAUGCGAUUAAGAACUCUGCGGCUGCCACUCUUCUCGUCCAACAACUGGGUGGUUUGGAUGGAAAAGUAGAGGCAUGUGGAAACAAUCUUUCCGCUGGUCAAAGGCAACUCCUUUGUUUGGCAAGGGCACUGCUCAAAAACGCCAAGGUGGUGGCCAUCGAUGAGGGUACUUCCAACCUGGACGAUGAGUCGGAUCUGAGCAUUCAGCAGGCCUUGAGAAAUGCCUUUAAGAGUUGCACACUUCUUUUCAUUGCUCAUCGCCUUCGCGGACUCCAUGCCAUGGAUCGUAUAAUCAUACUGGACGAUGGACGAAUUUGUGAGGAGGGUAAACCCAAAGAACUGGCCUCCAAUAGCUCAACUAUUUUCCAUGGAAUGCUUCUCGCCCAGAACAUUAACCCAGAUGAAUUCGCCAGACCGAAUUAGCACUAAGUAACGAACCGAUGUAUAUAGGUUA